UAAACAGCUAGCCACCUCUGCUAACGCUAGCUCCAGUUAGGUAGCUAGCAUGUGAAGCUCUGUAAAGCUAAAUAAAAAGAGAGGUUAGCUACUGAACUGUGGCCUGUGAUAACUGUGCACUGGAUGUAUUGACAUCAGCAGCAUCAGCCCUGUAGCUCUGGCUUAAGUUGAGUAAUGGUUGGUGAGCCUGUUAAGAGACAGGUGACAGCUGCACUGUCAUGCAAGGCGACAAAUAACAAGUGUCAUUUGUAAAAAUGCCACUAUGGAAUACAAACUUUAAUUUGCUAGGUUUAGUUUUGAACUUGUGUAAUGGAUGUUGUGAAAUCUAAACAAAAUCUGUGAUGAAAUAAAAAUGAAUGAUCAUUUCAUAAUUCUGAAUUAUUUCACAAACAGUUAAUUUAUAUAUUUACGGGAUUUUUAAAAUGUAAUUCUAAUUAUUCAUCUCAUUAUUUAUUCCUUUAGUAUUGAACAUUAAAUGUUGUCAGUGACUCAUGGAUCUUGUCAAUCAGGGACUGGAUCACUCAUCAUUAUUCACAUCCUCAGGGGUAAUCUUGAUUAUUUAUUGGUUAAUUCCUGCCAUUCUGAGACUUCUUUGUGCUGUUCUAUGGAUUUACUAUCGGACUAAUCAGUGCAAUCGUUGCUGUCGCUGGUAAUCAAUACAGCACAACACAAUAUGUUUUGUUGAUUGUUUAUCAGUUGUGACUGCCUUCACAUAAUCCUAGGGUCAUUAUAUGCAGCUGUUGUUUUCCUUCUUGUAAAUUCGGUGUUUUGACAUUAUAUUGAGUAUUAUUGAGACAUCUGAAGAUGUCACUUCUAGGCAUUUUCAAUACAUGUUUUGUUUCCAUGCUUCCAUGCUGAGCCAAGGGGAUAAUGAGAAAUCCGGGGCCCCUGAAAUGUACAUCUGGACCUCUAAAUUCUAAUCUGAUCUAUGGGGCCCCUCUUUCUUUUGGUCCCACUGAAUGUGACCCUCCUCAUGACCACAUUAUACAGUUAAUUUCAUAGCAAAUAAGGUACAAUGAGCACAACCUCUAACCCUUCCUAAACUCUUCUUCUCAUCCCCUCUACCAAUCUCUCUCUCUCUCUCUCUCUCUCUCUCUCUCUCUCUCUCUCUCGUGUGCCUGAGUGCUGAAGUCGGAGACGCUCCUCGGGUUUUGCCAGUGCGCACCACAGCAUCACUUCGCAUCACUCUGUACCGGCUGUUGCUGCGCCCGGAGCACCUGCAGGCGCGGAGGGAGGUAAAGAAAAAAAAAAAGAGAAGAGAGAGAAAGGGCAAAGAGGGUUUGAGAGGACAUUUGAGAGCAGAGGAAAAAGAGGAGAGGAAGGAGAAGGGGCCGGACCCGGCGGGAGGAGCGCACCAUGGCCUCAAAGGAGACCACAGCGGCGGGCUUCGUCAGCGUCAGCAGGGAGAUCACAGAGAGCAUCAGGAAGGUGCUGGACAAGCAAGCUGUUAAGUUUGUGCGAGCCAUCAAGCAGGACACCAGGAGCGGCAAGUCGGAGGACAGGAUUCUGGUCCUGGCAACAUGGAGACUGUAUCUCUUUGCUGUCAAAGUGCCCACCAAGGUUGAGGUCACCUUCAACUUCUUGGAAAUCAGAGCAAUGAACACCUACCCUGAACACCAGGUUGUCAUCGACACAGACAAGACCACCUACUCGCUGAGACUGCAGACCCAGGACCAGCUAGAUCACAUGGUCAGCCACAUCAACUACGCCCUCUCCCGAGUCUUCAACAACUCUAUUUAUGCUCCUCCUAUUUGUCGAGCAGAGGGAGACAUGACUGAUGGAAGUCACAAGUUUUCACCAAACUCUGAAUCGUCAUUAGAGCCCCAGAAAACCUGUGGAGGUUUUUCUGAGACCUAUGCAGCUCUUUGUGACUACAAUGGAAUUGGCUGCAAAGAAGAAGUGCAGUGGGAUGUUGACACCAUCUACCACUCUCAGGACAACAGGGAGUUCAACUUACUGGAUUUCAGCCAUCUUGACAGCAGGGACUUGGCAGUGAUCGUGGCAUCUAUGGCAUACAACACCUGGUUCACCAAGCUGUACUGCAAAGACAUGCGCAUAGGGUCAGAGGUGGUGGACCAGGUCCUGCACACUGUCAGCAAGUCCAACAGUCUGGAGGAGCUCACUUUGGAGAAUGCAGGACUCAAAUCGGAUUUUCCGCAGAAGAUGGCGUCGGCCCUGUCAGAGAACCCAGCCUCUGUGAUUCACUCUCUCAACCUGGCUCAUAACACACUAGACAACCAAGGAGUCUCCAACCUGAUUCAACAGGUGUGUCGCCUCAACAAGGGUCUGCGCCUCCUCAACCUCUCCAAGACCUCCUUGUCCUCGAAGGGUGUUGUUUCCCUGUCUCAGGCUUUGUGUUCAAGCGACGACUACUCCAAUUCUCUGCUGCACCUGGACCUGAGCAAAAACCCUGGGGUUCUGUCUGGGGAGGACGCCACAAACCUGUACCUGUUCCUGGCCCAGCCCAAUUGCCUGGUCCAUUUGGACCUGUCUGGGACAGACUGCACCGUGGACUCGCUGUUUGGGGCCUUGCUGCGAGGCUGCUGUGCUGACCUCUCCUACCUGAACUUGUCCAAGAACUCCUUCUCUCACAGGAAAGCGAGGGACUCUCUGCCAACUUUCCGCCAGUUCUUCAGCUCCGCAUUCAGCCUAACCCAUGUCAGCCUGGCCUCUAUGAAAGUCCCUCCUGAUUCACUGAGGGCUCUGUUCCUGGGUCUGUCCAAUAACCCUCAUAUCACUGAUUUACACCUGGACAUCAGCAGCUGUGAGUUGAGGUCAGCAGGUGCCGGGGUGAUUCAGGAGCUGUUUCCUCGAGUUUCAUGUGUGGGGACUUUAGACAUCUCUGAUAAUGGUUUGGAUGCUGACUUGCUGGCUGUCAUCCCAGCACUCUCCAGACACCCCUCCCUCAAACACCUGAUGCUUGGGAAGAACUUCAACAUCAAGGGCAGGGUGCUGGAUGAAAUUCUGCAGAAACUAGUUCAUUUGGUGCAAGAGGAAGAAUGUGCCCUGCAGUCCCUCUCCCUGGCUGACUCGAGGCUUCGCCAGCGGGGUACGGUACUGGUCAAUGCCCUGGGCUCUAAUGCCUGCCUCCGCAAAGUAGACCUGAGCGGCAACCUCCUGGAGGAUUCUGGGGCUAAGAUGCUCAGCAAAGCCCUGCAGAUCAAUACAACACUCAGGAGUGUGACGUGGGAUCGCAACAACACCACAGCGACAGGCUUCCAAGAUGUGGCGAGAGCGCUGGAGCACAACUUUACCCUGCAAUACAUGCCCCUCCCCCUAAGUGAUAUCACCCAGGCGUACCGUAGUGCCCCAGAGAAGACUGACCAGGCCCUGACCAAGAUCCAGCGUGCCCUGCUCAGAAACAACCAGACUCAGCGUUUCUCUCAGAAACAGGCUCUGAGGCUGCACCAAGGCCUCGUCACCAGCACUGCUGAACAGGUGAUGGAGCGUCUGUGUGUGCGGGUGCAGCAGCAGGUGUGUGUCCUGAAAGGCUGUGAGGAAGGAGAGGAAGUCCAGACCGCCAGACAGAUCCUCAAAGAAGCCAGGAACUCAAGAGCUCUGUACCCAUCUCUGUGUGAAUUGGCCCAUGUGCUGUCAGUGGAUGGCCCCGUCAAACAGCGCCUGGACACACUGGCUGGAGAACUGGCCAAGGCUGCUGACAAAGAGCUGCAGGUGGUAGUGGACUCCAUGGUGUCUCUGUGCCGGGAGUUGUGUCCCAUGUCCUGCUCAGCAGCUGAGAGACUCAGCCCGCCUCUCUCAUCCAUCUCCGAGCAAGUUUCGAUCCCUCGCUCCUCCAUCCGCAGCGCCCUGAUGGAGAGAGCAGCUGAGGAUAUCAACAGAGCCCUGGAGGAGGUGAAGUUAUCUGUGGUCUCCUAUCUAACCAACUCCAUAGUGGAUCAGAUUCUGCAAGAGCUCUACACCACUCAUAAAACCCUGCUGCGGCAGGUGUCUCAGGCGAAGCGGUGGGAUGACGUUGGGACGGGUAGACGAACUAUCAGGCAGUCCAGAAUAGUCGAGUCUCUUGAGUUCCCUGAUGAGGACCUUGGUGUUAACCUGGGAAUAGACACCAUGGCUAUUAAGAAGCGGAGCUCCAGAACUAGAAGAAUUCGUCCCGUCUCCACCAGACUGAGUUUAGGUGAUGAGCCCAGUUCCUCUCCUACCCCCUCUGCUCCACCCCACUCUGCCUCUCUUACCCACUCAGCAUCAUGGGAGUGUCUGUCCACCCUCCCCACCAACGGCUCGCCCUUGCGUCAUGUUACCCAUGUCAGGCCACGCCCACCCCGGAGGCACAGAGCAGGGCACCUACCUCCUGAAUCUCAUGAAGUUGAGUCCAUGUGUUUCCACAAAAGAGCUCAGGAGGGUGUAGAGCAUUGUUCUGAGAAUGGAGGAGUCAGUAUGCUGGAGGAUGGACUACCUGAUUUCUACAGCAAGAGGGUCCUGCCUGACAGUCAGCUAUCAUCCCUCCAUCAGGCCCAGUCACUGCGGAGGAAGAAAAGACGCAGCGUGCUGUCCAUUUUCUCCGGCUUCCGCAAGAACCGCAACUCCACCAUCUCCAAUCAGGACUCAGACAGCGCCUCAGAGAACGUCUACUCGAUGAUUCAGCACCCAAAGGACGCUGUGAGGCCAGAGAGCGGUGUUCCUGGAGCAAACGGGACCAUGCCUUCACCUCGGCCAACACAGGGCGUACCUGUGCACGGGAUGAGGGCUGCCAGCCCCCCCUGCCUCAUCCAAAGACAGUCGACAGAUCUGGUCAGCAUGGUGUACAGCUGCAUCGGAGCAGAAAUUGAGGACUCAGAUGGCAGCAGCACCUGUGACAUCAAAGAGACAGACCAAGAUACUGACAGAUCGACCACCGUCUCGGAUGCCCCUGCAGAUACUCGGACUAACGGCCACUUGGUGUCCUCCAAACAACAGACGGACAGGCAGAUGGAGACGGGCAGGCAGGAGAGGAUCGUACCCCUGACAGACUCACGGACUGAGAUGGAGGAGGACAGACAGAGCGGCGGUGGAGGGGCAAGGCCAGAGCCGCCACCACAGAGCACCAAGCCCAGUCUGGCUGUCAUGAGGCAGAGACACCUUCAGGAGAGUUUAGAAGAGGCAGGAAGGCUGGAAGGAGAAGAAGAAAAGCAGAGAGCAAGAGGGCCCGAGGGACAGCGUCCUCUUAUUCCCAGUAAGCCCAGUCUUGACCUCUCAAGAGACAAGACCUCUCCAGAAACCACCAGGACCCCUCCCAAAACCUCACCUGUCAGUCCAGGAGAGGAACCCAUCAGUGACCAGAGGAGCUUACCUCCUGCUCAGCCGAUGAGCCAAGACGAGGGGAACACAGAGAGGAAAAGCCCACCGGCAUCUGCCAAGUCUGGGAUGGAGGCAGCAGAUCCUGCCGUCAGUCAAGAUGAGGAGGAAGGAAGAAAUGGAUUCCCAGCGACAUCACAUCACACCAUGAAGUCCAACUCAUUUGACAUAGGCAUGGAGCGGGACAGUCCCUACGAUCUGGAGAGGUCUUCAGAUCGCAGAUUCCCUGUGAAAAAGCCCUGUUUCCCCCAGUACAGAAACAGAUCUCUGGACUAUCCUGCUGGGACCAGGUGUUACGACAGUCCCCAGCUUGGUAACAGAGAUGCCUUAUGACAUUACCAGAGGACCAGGAGAAGUUUGCUGGGAAGAGAAGACUGGAACAUGGAGGACUGGAGAGAGACAAGCUUUUAAAACUGUGUGGACUCAACUGACACAGCUUUUUUUCUUUUUCUCAUUUAAUCCACGUAAACAUUUGUUGCUGAAAAUGCAUGUACUGUAUGCUUUCUGUUUUUAACUGGUUGCACUUGCUAUCUUUUUUUCUCAGGCACAAGGGAAGCUCUGACCUGCAGUACAUAAAAUACUUUUCAUACAAACACACACAAUAUUUCAGUGUCUCUCUCUCUCUCCAGUAUGCUCAUGAACUGCUGUUUUAUGCAUUUGUGCAGAAUUGUUUAAUGUUGAAAAUACUCUAUCCUCUCAUCCCCUCCCUCUCUUUUACUGACAAUCUGUGACUACUAAAAGUGAGUUUGUAAUGUAUUUACUCGAACAAAGGUGUAAAUACUUAAUAUAAAACUGCACUAGCCAUUGUGGUAACUCUGCCAGUUAACAAUCAUGUUUUUAUUUGUGAUAAUAUAUCAUUUGAUAACUGUGUUUGUAAGUAUGCUUUUGGCGUAUGCUGACGUUGAUGAUUGAGAAUUGUGUUAUCAUGCAUUUAGCUCUCCCAUCUCUUCAAGAGUAUUUAAGUCAGUCAGUGGAUCACUUAGUUUUAAUCUGAUUUUGCAGGCCUGAAAAUGAGUAUAUUUUCUAAAAAUGCUUCUAUGAAUCAGAAUAAAUAAAAUUGACUUUACACAUGUAAUUGUA